AUGACUACAGCACACAGACCAACUUUCGAUCCGGCUCGAGGCAAGGAGGCUCUGAGAGGCCCCGCCUAUCACCAGCGUCUUCUCCCCGCACAUACGUUCCUCAAAACCAGGGUUCCCAUGUCACUGACGUCCAUCGUUACUAGACAACCUGGCCAAGGUGGUGAUGCGGACGAGAAGCGCGAUCUGAGAGCCGAGCUCCUGAAAGCCGAGGCCGCUCAUUUUGCCAAGAAGGGUAUUUCCCAAGAUAAAUCCGCGCCAUCUACAACUGCGAUCGAUCCAUCUAUACCGAAACGCCAGCUAGAGAAUGGGCCAAGCGAAUAUGAAAAUGGAGAAAUAGAGGACCCGGAAGCUAAGAGACGGUGGAUAUUAGAGGAAACGCGGGAUAUAGAUGCGGAUUCGGCCGGUUCAGAGAGUGAUACUAGUGAAGACGAGAGUGAUGAUGACGAAGAUGAGACUGCGGAGCUAAUGCGGGAAUUGGAAAAGAUUAAGAGGGAACGGGCUGAGCAGAAGGCGAAAGAGGAGCAAGAGAGAGAAGCUCAGGAGAAGGAGAAACGCGAGGUCGAUAUUGCCCGAGGCAACCCGCUACUCAACCCUCAGGAUUUCAGUGUUAAGCGGCGAUGGGACGAUGAUGUUGUCUUUAAAAUCCAAGCCCCGCGGUACGGAGAAUAG